AUAACGCUCCGAGCCCACGAACGGAACGAACGUUCCGACGGAACAGUCAUUCAGAGCUCGACCAGUGUGCCGCACGUUUCGGUGGCUCCUCUCUCUCUCUCUCUCUUUCUCUUUCUAUCUAUCUAUUUAUCUAUCUAUCUAUCUAUCUAUUUAUCUCUCCCUCUCUCUCUCUCUCUCUCUCUCUUUCACUUUUUCUCUCGUCCUCGAGUGUGUGCACGAUCCACAUCCGCCCUCGGGACGUUCAGACGGGUCUGAACCACCGGAUCCGAAACGACCGGAACAGGAACACAAGGAUACUACAAGAGGAAGAGGAACGAUGCACCGAGUGCGGUUAUAAUCGUCGCGUGUUGUACCGGACACGGUGAUACGAUCUUUUUUUUUUUCUCGCUCUCUCUCUCUCUCUCUCUUUCUCUCUGUCUCUCUUUCUCGCUGUGAACACACGGACAGACACGGUGAUACACAAUAGAGGAUAGAGAGACCCAGUGAACCGCAGUGAACCACUCGGACUCGCUCGAGAGGGAAUCGGGAAGAUUGAGCGAAUAAUCGUUCGGAAGGAUGUCGAAGUCGGGCAGCAUCAAGGAUGGCGAGAAGGGGCCGUACGACCCGGUUCCAACCACCGACAAAGCCAACGACGAAAUCAAACUCGAGGCGAAGAUGUCCCUGUUGAAUGGAAUAACCGUGAUCGUCGGCUCCAUUAUUGGUUCUGGCAUAUUCGUUAGCCCGACCGGCGUACUCAAGUACACAGGAAGCGUGAACGCGAGCCUCCUGGUGUGGACAGCUUCCGGUAUCUUCUCCACGGUAGGCGCGUACUGUUACGCAGAGCUCGGCUGCAUGAUCAGAAAGUCGGGCGCCGAUUACGCGUAUAUCAUGGAGACCUUCGGACCUUUCCUGGCAUUCAUCAGGCUCUGGGUUGAGUGCAUGAUAGUGCGACCUUGCAGCCAGGCUAUCGUGGCCUUGACUUUCAGCGUUUACGUGUUGAAACCGGUGUUCCCGGACUGUGCACCACCGGACGAUGCCACGAGGAUACUGGCAGCGUGCUGCAUCUGCAUCUUGGCGUUCAUUAACUGCUGGGACGUGAAAUGGGCGACCAGGGUGCAGGACAUCUUCACGUACGCAAAAUUACUUGCCCUCUUCAUCAUCAUUCUCACAGGAGCUUAUCAACUCUUCACCGGUAAGUUCGAUAUAUAAACUCAGUCC